AUGACUUAGAACAAAUAUAUUGAAAAAGAUAUGGUAACCUUAUGGUAAAAUUCGAUUGCUCACAUAAAUACUUCAAACCUUUAACCUGUUAAUCAAGAAUAAAGAUAAUCAUCAAAAUUUAGUUAGAUUCCAAGUAUGAUCUAAUCAAAAUUGAGUAAAUCGGUUACAUAUAAUUUAACUUAGUGCUCCUUUUAAUUAUUAGUAAAAAAAUAAAAUGAAAGGCAAAAGAAGAAACCUGAACCUUAAAAUUAACAAUAAAAUAUAGAUUCUUCAUUUUAAAAUAGAUUUUAUGUUGAUGAUAAUAAAAGAAUUCCUCAUAUCAUUCCAAAAAAGUAUCGAAGCAUAUCAAGUCAAUAUUCUCCUACAGGACUUUAAUAAUAUUUAAAUCAAAAAGAAUCUAAUUUAAGUGUUAAUAAAAAAUGGUUAUAAGUUUCACCUCGUGGAUAAUCACAUAGUAUAUAAUUAAGAGUGCAAGCUCAGUUGGAUAAUUCAUUAGUUAAAUAAAAUUUUAAAGAUAGAUGCAGAAGCACUACAGGAUGUUUAGCAAAUAAACAUCUAUUCCUUACUUAAAAAAUUUAGAAUUUCUAAAAAUUAGAUUCCUGA